AUGCGCAAGUUGCAAAGACUCAACUUCGACGUGCGUCCAGGUGAAGUCUUCAGCGCGUUGAGCGCAGCCCGAGCGCUGGUGGAGCAGCAGCAGCUGAAGCCGCUGUGUCUUUUGGCACCCGAAGCCAUGGAGGAGCUGGUCUGGGCGGAGCUGGAGGAGUUCCAAGACUUCCCCGCGAGUGAAGCCACCGCGGUGGUCGUGGGCACGGCGCCUUUGGCCCAGAACGGCGCGCUUCCACACGGGGCCGGUGGCGGUGCUCGGGGUGAGCAUUGGGUGAAGCCCCCGGGGGCCGCGACGAAUGCCCCGCAGCAGAUGCACUACGCGCGGCUGACGGAGGCCAUGCGGGUGCUGCUCGAGAAGGCCUGGCGAUGUCGGCGGUUUGUGAACAAGGGCCGCUACUUCCGUGAGGCGGGGGAGUUUCAAAUGAUGGCCGGUCCCUUUGUGGCUGCGUUGGAGUAUGCCACAGGAGCCCCGACUUCUUCCACUGCGUCGCCUCCGCCGCGCACGGGGACGCCCCCCUAUCGCGCCGACGCGGUGGUCAUGGUAGGGGACGACGUGCGCGAUGACAUCCAGGGGGCGAUGGAUGUGGGAAUGCAAGCCAUCUUGGUGCGCACUGGCAAAUAUCGUCCUGGAGAUGAGAAGCUCUGCCGAACACCGCCGCUGGCAGUGGUGGAUUGCCUGGCAGAUGCAGUGGCCUUUCUCGAAGAGAAGGGCUUGCUGGAGGAAUAG